GAUGGACAGCUACUUAAAUAUGAUGGAGGAGGAAUUUGAAGAUGGAAGUGACUCAGCAAUGGAUAAAACCAGCAUGCCUAUUGUCAAGUACCCCAAAACAGUCGAUCCUCUUUGGUAUGAAUGGGACAGGAAAGCUCAGAAAUGUGGAUUAAGGCAUACAGUUUAUGCUGUGAACGGGGAUCGCUACACCGGGGAGUGGCUGGAGAAUCUUAAACAUGGCAAAGGCACCCAAAUGUGGAAAAGCACAGGGGCAAUCUACAGCGGUGACUGGAAAUUUGGGAAACGGGUUGGCUAUGGGACAUACAGCCUUCCUGAUCCCAUCACUAAAGAAUACAAGAAAGUAUAUACAGGCUGGUGGAAAAAUGACAAGAUGUGGGGCUACGGAAUCAAGUUUUAUUCAGAUAAAGAGUAUUAUGAAGGGGAAUGGAGUGUUGGGAAGAGAGAUGGCUGGGGAAGGAUGUAUUACCAGGAUGGGUCCAUCUACGAAGGCCAGUGGACGGAAGACAAGCCGGGGGGACAAGGGCUCUUCCGCAUGAAAAAUGAAAACCGGUAUGAAGGUUCCUGGAAAGAUGGGAAGAAGAAUGGACCAGGAAAGUUCUUCUAUUUGGAUUCAGGGCAAUUAUUUGAAGGUUUCUGGGUGGACGACAUCCCGAAGUGUGGAACUAUGAUCGACUUUGGCCGUGAAGAAGCACCCAAACCCACUCAGUAUCCGAUUCCAAAGAUCGAACUGGCGGACCCCGAAGGUGUGCUGGAGGAGGCUGUUGCAGGAUUCGAGAGUACCAAAGAGUGAGAGGCUUCGCUUCAGAAAGAAUGACGAGAGCGACAAUCCCGUGCCACAGAAUUGUGUUAACUUUUGCAUUAAGUCCAUAUCUUUGGUGAUCUCUGGUGUUGGAUCGAGAGUCUCCCCUCCCCCCUGGCAAUCAACAGAUGCCAUUUGCAAGUACAUAUCUGCUGCCUUAACAAGCCCCUUCCACCAGUCCCUCCUCCUCUCUUUGGGCUAUACAAGGUCCUUCAGCUCAGUUGUUGAAUAGCGGCAGAGGGCAUGCUGGAAGGAGCCAAGCACGGGCUCCUCUGACUUGACAUCUCCUCCUGGCACACUCGUCCAGUGCCUUUGCUGCACACAAGACCUGGCGCUCAACCUGGAGCCUGCCUUUCAGCCUGUUCUCUGUAAUAAAAAGGUAGGUGUCAGGGUGAGAGCCUUGAACAAUACACAGCCGCGUCUACAAAAGCUCAUCCCAGCCGGGGCCUUCCUAACAAAACUCACAGGCUCAGCAAAGCCCUGCCUUUCUCAGGGCCCAUCAGUGUUCACUGGGUAAGGCCGCAAGCUAUUGACCUGCACAGAACUUCAUGGAAAAAGCAACAACUGCUCAGAGGGAGCUCUGAGACUGGCUUCCGAGAAUGAGCAGGCAAAGAAUUUGCAUACAUGGCAACACGAAGGUACAAAGCUGUCUUACACCAGAAGUCCAGCCCGGCUUUCUCCACCCUGAUUGGCAGCAGUUGCCCGAGGUCUCAAGAUUACCCGGCUCUGAUCUUGCAGUUGCUGGCUGAAUAGACCACCGAGCCCCAAAUAAUCCCUUUUCUCCUUGCAGGCCACAAACUAAAGAAAGAGUUCUUGGCUCAUGCCAGACCACACAAUGGGAUCCUGUGGAUCUCUCCCGCUAAUGGCGAGUGCUCCUUCCACCCCUGCAAAGAGCUUCUUUUUAGAGGGGAAGGUAUAACUAUUAAGCAGAACGGACCUACAGGAUCCGACCCUCCAAUCUGAAUCCAGUGAUGAAAGCUGGUUUAGCGGGCGAUACAGCUUAGGAGGACAACGUCAACGUGCCCCAUUUAGGAAUUCAGAAAGGCCUCUGGAACCAUGCACCACAGUAGCUAAGAAAUACCUAGGAAUCUGGGACAAUGAUGAAAGCAGCCACGCCUUGCCCUGGGACAAUGAACAACAGUUGCAUCGGGAACAAACUAGGUGCUGUCACAAAGGUGGCUCUAAAAUGUUCGUACUGCAAUGCGAAUAAGUAUUUGGAUUCCAAUCCUGAUUAAUAUUAAUAAUACUUCUUCAAGUAGUGUUAACUUUUAAAAAGACACCGUUCUUUUUCCUGUGAGCGAUAGGGACUCACACUGCAUCUCUGGAAAAGGCAAACUGCAAAUUUACUGGCUAUUGGGGGUCAAAUCUAGGGAGCGUUUGUCCAGAAGAAGAAUCGUCAUUGCAGCCCCAGAGUUCAGUUGGCUCCAGAGCCCUCGAGGAAGCUUCUUCUCACCUCAGCCUCGAGCACAGCGUUAUCAAGAACUGGGGUGGCCGAUUUUUGCUUGGCCUUUAAAAAGCAGCUUAGAAUUCCGAUGGUUCAUUAAUUCAUGUUCAAUAUUAUUCAGGCUCCUUUAACAGCGAACAUGUAAGAAGUCUGCAUCGAGUGAUUCAGAAUCUCAAUUUUUGUCUUGAGAAAUCCACCA